AUGUUCGACAACCAUCUUGAAUCCAUCAUUGAAUUUUUUACUCAAACUAACACCCAGCCUUCCCAGUUCCUCCUCUUGAUCCUGCAAGACCCUCACUACAACCACCACCUAAUCAUUCAAGAUCUCUUAACACUGUUCCCAGCUAUCCUCGCUGUUUUUUUCAACCACCUCUCCCUCACAAUCCAAAUGAAAGAAGUCGUUCUGAAAUGGGCCAAACAUAUUCUUGAGAAGCAGUGCAUCCAGGAGAUACGAGUUCUGGUCCGCAAAAAUACCGGUUGGCACUUUAAUGCCAGAAAGGCUACAACCGACCAACUUGAAAAGUUUUGCAUGAAAGAAAUGGCAGCAAAGUAUAAAAGUGAUGCACCGGUACUGUGGGACAUACUGGACACUCUACUUGAUGGGGACCUGGACAGAUCGAUUGAUGGCCCAGACACUACUAUGAACGAGAUGGAUCUAGAGGGAAUGGCCAAGGUUUUGUUCCAAGACAAAGAGUCUCGUGCUUCCAAAACAAGAGAGCGUCAAAAAGCAGCUAUUGUAGUACACGACAUCACUCCACAGGGUCUAAGAUGCUCGCAAAAGCUAUGGAUUAAAUCAUCAUUAAACCCCACUAUCACAGCAGUGAAUCCAAGGCAGAAACAAACUUACAAAGAUCUGUUAGCUGUCAUCUCUCGCAAUGGUGAAGAAGACAUCCACCAAAGCUACAACACCUGGAAGUUCUUACACGACCUGUGCCACUAUGGCCCGUCCUAUUUCUCUCGUUUCAAGUCUCAGCUCAAAGGACCACCAGUUAUUAAACAGAUACUGGUGGUCAAACCUCCUAUAAUCGCUGCUCGAGCCAUGGACAUCAAUAACUCCACUAUUUCAGGAAAUAUACAUGCUGUAGUGGACUUACUGGCACAGGAUGGGUUUGAUGUCGGCAAUGAAAGCGAACCUGAAGAGAAUGAUCUUGAGGACUAUGUAGUAUUGUUUCAUGGGGAUCUUGGCAUGAGAACGUCUCCAGGCCGUCCAACAACGUCGAGCGAUCGAGGAAACACCUUGGGACCAGUUUCAACAUGUGAUUUUUGUGCCUAA